AUGGUCAUGGGAAGAGUUCGUGCAACGUCUUAUGUAAGACGUACAAUAUCUCAACCCUUAAAUAAAAAUGUACCCCCUACUAAAAAAUUUAAAAAUUCAAAUGUUUUAAAUGAUACAAAUUUAAUUCGAAAUAGAAAUUUGCAUCUACAAUUAUUAUGUAAUAAUGUACCACCAGAUGUAUAUGAUGAAGAUAUAAGUAAAAACUAUGACUUUGAAGAAAUAGGAUCUUUUUAUAUGCCUAGGAAAAGUGACAUGAUAGGAUUAUAUAAUAUGUUAAAUACAAAAUUAAAUAUAUUUUUAAUAUUUGUGCCAAUAGGAAUAUUAAGUUCUUUUUUAGGUUGUAAAGAUAUAUAUAUAUUUUUUUAUAAUUUUAUGGCAUUAAUACCACUAUCUGCACUUAUGGGAAAUAUAACAGAAGAUUUAGCUUUGCAUACAGGAGAGAUAAUUGGUGGUUUAUUAAAUGCAACUUUUGGUAAUUUAAUGGAGAUGAUUUUUUCUAUACAAGCAUUAAAUGCAGGAUUGAUAAAUGUUGUUCAGGGUACAUUAUUAGGUAGUAUUUUAUCUAAUUUGUUAUUAGUAUUAGGAAUGUCGUUUUUUGCUGGUGGAUUAUAUCACCAUGUACAAAAAUUUAAUGAAAAGGGAGCAACUUGCAGUACCUCCCUACUAUUGCUUUCAAGUUUGGCUAUAACUAUGCCAACAGUAUCAUCAAUUACUACUAAUAAUAAUAGUGAAAUAAUUUUGAAAGUUUCAAGAAUAACAGCGGUUUUAAUAUUUUUAACAUAUUGUUUAUUUCUUUUGUUUCAAUUAUACACACAUAUUACACUGUUCCAAGAUAAAGAAAUGACAGAAGAAAUUCCUCAGUUAUCUGUAGUAUCAGGAUCUCUUUUCCUAAUUUUAGUUACUUUAUUAGUAAGUAUUCACUCAGAAUAUCUAGUUAACACAAUUGAAUCAGUUAUAAAAUAUUAUAACAUAUCAGAAAAUUUUAUAGGAGUUAUUCUUUUACCAAUUGUUGGUAAUGCUACAGAGCAUUUAACAGCAGUUACGGUUGCAAUUAAAAACAAAGUAGAUUUAACUAUGGGUGUAGCAGUUGGGUCAUCUGCACAAAUUGCUCUUUUUGUUGUUCCAGUAACUGUUUUAUUUGGAUGGAUAUUAAAUAAACCAAUGACUUUAGCUUUUUCUCCUCUAUCUACAGUUAUUUUAGUUAUUUCUGUUAUCGUUACUAUGGCAAUUGUACAGGAUGGUGAAAGUAACUGGUUAGAAGGAGUCCUAUUAAUCUCAGCAUAUCUUAUUGUUAGUGUUGUUUUUUGGUUUGAUACAACAUAA